CUUGAUUAUUCGCGUUUCGCGUGCUCAUGCCCAUUUUCAUGGCCAAUCGUAUUUCUUCCUUGGCGCCCUGUAGGCGGAGUUGAGCGGGUCAGAGACUGGGAGGUAGUUUCACAGUUAUGGGAGGCCGGAUAGUAGGAGGGGCUUCUCAGUGGGUCACCUAGUUCACCAGAGGGAUUACUUCGCUGUCUGAGCUUUCUGUUGAAACGUCUCCCCUUUCCAAAGCAUUAGGCUCUCUGGGAAACUCUCAGGCUCGUAGUGCUGGCGAUUUCUCUGCACAGUGGGGCAAAAUAGAAACCUCCAGGGGUAAUAUGACAGCUCUUAACUGGAAGCCCUUUAUAUAUGGGGGGUUAGCCUCAAUCACUGCUGAAUGUGGUACUUUUCCAAUAGACUUGACCAAAACGCGUCUCCAGGUACAGGGUCAAGCUAAUGAUGCCAAAUAUAAGGAAAUCCGUUACAGGGGUAUGCUGCAUGCACUUGGAAGAAUAUGGAGGGAAGAAGGCGUGAAAGCACUUUAUUCUGGAAUAGCACCUGCAAUGUUGCGCCAGGCAUCGUAUGGCACCAUUAAAAUUGGCACUUAUCACAGCCUGAAGAGAUUGUUUGUGGAUUGCCCAGAAGAUGAAACGUUGAUCAUCAAUGUAUUCUGUGGAGUACUGUCAGGGGUGGUAUCUUCCUGUAUUGCUAAUCCUACAGAUGUUUUAAAGAUAAGAAUGCAGGCUCAAGGGAGUGUAAUACAAGGAGGAAUGAUUGGAAACUUCAUCAAUAUUUACAAGCAGGAGGGGACCAGAGGAUUAUGGAAGGGGGUGUCUCUCACUGCUCAGAGAGCAGCUAUUGUGGUUGGUGUGGAAUUACCUGUUUAUGAUAUUACCAAGAAGCAUCUGAUACUCUCAGGACUUAUGGGAGACACAGUCUACACUCACUUUUUAUCCAGCUUUACUUGUGGAUUGGCUGGAGCUUUGGCAUCAAAUCCUGUUGAUGUUGUGAGAACAAGAAUGAUGAACCAAAGGUCAUUACGUGAUGCGUCAAAUUCAAGUUACAAGGGUACUCUGGAUUGUUUAUUGCAGACAUGGAAGAACGAAGGAUUUUUUGCGUUGUAUAAGGGAUUUUGGCCCAACUGGUUGAGACUAGGUCCUUGGAACAUCAUUUUCUUUAUAACAUAUGAACAGUUGAAGAAACUAAACUGAUGUUGGGACAGGAAGAUUCCAUUCUGCUAGCUGAGCAAAUCCUGCACUGUUCAACUACUGGACUUCUCCAAGAUGACGUGAAAUGUUCAUUACAGUACUGUGUGUUAAGACAACGUUACUCUUGCUGAAAGCCUGACUGUUAAAUGUCAUUAUUGCCCUUUGUUACUGAUUCAGUGUUUUUAAAAAUAUGUUGAUUUUGAGAAAAUGCAUCCACAUAUGACACCCCCACCUACAGAGAAAAGAAACCCUUUAAUGGUCUACAUUUAUCCAUGGAAAUGCCAUUUUAAACAACAGUUAGGCAGAAUUAUGUAAGUCCUCUGGAAUUGGUGUAUUUUGGAGGAAAAAAGGCUUUAACAAGAUUUAGGUUAAGAUAAAUCUGUGGCUUUUGACUUGUUCGGUAUCUGUUACACCCUCUAAAAAUGUGGCUUGAGUUUUGAUAUUUGAUCUGUUUCACCCUCCCUCCAAAACACAAUUAAGAAUUUAGCAAUUU